AUGUUGUUGCUAGAGAUGGUAGGAGGAAAGAAGAAUAUUGGUUCAAGCACAGAGGACGCAAAUGAAAUUUACUACCCAGAAUGGAUCUAUAAUCUUCUAGAAGGAGGAGAUGACCUACGAAUCCAUAUUGGAGAUGACGGAGAUGGUAAAAUCCCGAAGACACUUGCAAUUGUAGGGCUCUGGUGCAUCCAGUGGCACCCGGUGGAUCGUCCGUCUAUGCAAAUAGUGGUUCAAAUGUUAGGAGGAGGAGAUAACUUGGCCAUGCCUCCUAAUCCUUUUGUCUCUGCAGGUCCUACAACAACACAUGCAAGCAUCCCAGCAAGACGCGUAGAGUUAGAAGCAAUUCCUGAAUUAGAGUAA